CAAACACUUUGAAAAAAGAGAGAGACUUUCCAACCAAUCGAAGCGUCUCUGUGCAACAGAAGCUCAUGUCUGAGACCAGCCCAUUGCAAGCCAUCUGCCAGACCUUCGAGAAAAUCUCGCAGGGCGUUCAAACCCAUCUAUCGCAAUUCGCUAGACUUUCAAAUGAUUCAUUACCCACAAAUCAACGGUCUCUGUUUCGGGUAUCUUCAUCACCAUUCACAGGAAAAGCAUUGAACCCAGAAGACAAGGAUACUAUUCCCCCAUCGAAAGAGAUCUCCAAUGAGGGAAAGUCUGCCGCACCUGUAACUAAAGAAGAGCUUGGCAGGGCCACCUGGACUUUUUUGCAUACUCUUGCUGCUCAGUAUCCAGAUAAGCCAACUAGACAGCAAAAGAAGGAUGUGAAAGAACUGAUGCAGAUAUUAUCUCGGAUUUAUCCUUGCAAGGAUUGCGCAGAUCACUUUAAAGAAAUCCUGAGGGCAAAUCCUGUAGAAGCCGGAUCUCAAGCUGAGUUCUCCCAAUGGUUAUGCCACGUGCACAAUGUUGUUAACCGAAGCCUGGGGAAGGUGGCGUUCCCAUGCGAGCGAGUCGAUGCAAGGUGGGGCAAGUUGGAGUGCCAGCAGCCACAAGCUUGCGAUCUACAAGGCGUCACCACUGCAAUUGCUACUGCUACUACCAGUUGGCCUUUUGGAGACGAAAUGCAUUAGAAGCGGCAGCAGCAGCAGCAACAACCAUUCAUUCAUCAUUCAUGUUUUAUGUUUAUAGUUUCAAUACAAAAGGAAACUAAACGUGGGUUCUUGAUGUUAUCUAAUAAAUUAGUUGUUAUAUUUUAAUUUA